AUGGCCACGCGAGUUCGACCGAGUAACAAACGAUGUGCGGUCAUCGGAGGCUCAGGUUUUCUGGGCAGACAUUUGGUGGAGAAGCUGGUAGAACGUGGCUACACCGUCUCAGUGUUCGACAUUCACCAGAGUUAUGAGCUGCCUGGAGUCGCCUUCCACCAGGGCGACCUCUGUGACAGGCAGGCUCUGCUGCUAGCGCUUAAAGGUGUGUCUUUGGUGUUCCACUGUGCUUCUCCUUCACCUGCUAGUGAUGACAGGGGACUGUUUGAGAAGGUCAACAUUCAGGGUACGAGUACUGUUAUUCAAGCCUGCAUUGAACUUGGAGUACAGAAAUUGGUGCUGACAAGUAGUGCCAGUGUGGUUUUUGAGGGGUCCGAUAUAAAGAAUGGGAGGGAAGAUUUACCCUAUGCCAAGAAGCCCAUUGACUACUACACAAAGACCAAAAUUGAGCAAGAAAAGUUGGUCUUGGAGGCUUGUGACACGAAGAAGGGUUUCCUGACUGUUGCCAUCCGUCCUCAUGGCAUCUUCGGACCUCGGGACCCGCAGCUGGUCCCCAUUCUGGUGGAUACAGCUCGCAGGGGCAAGAUGAAGUUCAUCAUUGGGGAUGGCACCAACCUGGUGGAUUUCACUUUUGUGGAAAACGUCGUACAUGGACACAUCUUGGCUGCUGAACAUCUGCGACCCGACUCUCCCAUAUGUGGAAAGCCAUAUCAUAUCACCAACGAUGAACCGAUUCGGUUUUGGGGCUUCAUGUCUGAGGUGUUGGUCGGUCUGGGUUACGCUGCUCCACGUUACCACCUGCCUUACACGUUUGUGUAUGGCCUCGCCAUCCUGCUUUGGCUGCUGUCUUUAAUACUGCGCCCCCUGAUGUCAUUCAAACCAACCUUUACACCGAUGAGAGUGGCUCUGGCCGGAACCCACCACUACUACAGCUGUGAGCGAGCCAAAAAGGACAUGGGCUAUAAGCCACUGGUCAGCCUAAAGGAGGGCAUUAAACGCACGGUGCAAAGCUAUCCUCAUCUCAGAAAGAAUGCUUGA